CUGAUGGGGAACACAAAGGUCCGCCUGAACGCGCACCUGCCUGUCUCCGUUCUGCGCUGCGUCACGCGCGUGCGUCACAACAGUUUGGUUUCCGUCUCCUCAACUUUGCUCUUCUUGUUUUUACUCGUCGACCUCGGCAGACGCGACUUCACAUUCCUCAACAAAUCAAACAAGCUACUCGUGGGAAGUCUUCGAAGCGUCGACAUGAUGGGAUUACGGAUUUUAUUCCCGGUUCUCCUUCUGRUCUGCUGCCUGGCGGCAGUUUUCGCCGAAGAUAAAGACGUGAACUUUCAGUCGCUGAUCAUCACCCUGUCGGUGCUGGCUGCCGCUCUCAUCAUCGCCCUCGUGAUCUGCAUGUUCUGCUGCUGCAAGUGUGAGAACGCCGGAUCCAAACGAUUCGAGGCCAAGAUGGAGAGACACGCCAACAAGACGAAAGCCAAGCAAGAAGAAAGGAGGGCCGAGAUGAAGCAGAGACAUCAGGAAAUCAGGCAGAAAUACGGCCUAAGUGGGCCAAAUCCAUAUUCCAAGUUCACAUAAGACUGAGCUGAACUUGUUAAAGCAUCGUGGACACAGCUGAGAUCCACAACCUGCCCUCUGGUUCUGAGAACAUAUGACCCAAUAUUUGAAGCAUAACUUGGAGAAUGUUUGACAGUUUUGUGCACAGAACCUUUGGUGUCCUUCAGCUGACCAGCAGUUUCCUAUUAAAAUGUUUUUAACAACCUAAAAGCAUUGUUAAACUUGGAGCUGCUAUUCAGUUCAUCCUGGUUCUUCCAUCAUCUGGCUGCCUGAACUAUUUAUUACUUUUUAGUUGUACUGAACAAAAGAAAAUGUCACUUUAAAUGUGUGAAUAUUAUUUUUGCUUAAGAAAAUCUGUGACAAUGACAACAUUUUAGAUUGUUUUUACUCCUGAGUUGCUUCUGAUUUUAGGCUACAAUAGAAAUUUAAUAUUUUUUUUGUGUAUUUAGAGUUGUUUUAGAUUUUUGAACGCUGCCUCAGGUUACUGCUGUAUUUUUUCUUUUAAAAUAAGAAUUGAACGUGUAAUCUUCUUUAAGGAAAAUUUGUUUGUAGAAAUCAACAUGAAAGCUUUAUUCCUGGUGUUUAAAAUUAAAACUAAGCUCGGCCUCUAUUAGCUUUUUUUCUAGGGCUGUUAUUUAAUCUGUGAAGACAAAAGCCAAAUAAAAACAACUUUGAAGUGUU